AUGGCACAGGAGCCACAAGAGUACAUCCAGCAGAAGGUGAACCCGAUUCUUGAGAAUUUGGUCACACAGCUGCUGCUGGAACGGCCCGAGCAGCUAGCUCCCUUCAUGAUCAAGUGGCUCUCGCAAAAUUCCAAGACGCCAGCUGCAGCUGCGCUCACGGAGGGUGUCAAUGUUUUAAGCGAGCUGAAGCUGGAGAUGGAGAAGUUGCAGGAGGAGGUGCGUGAGCUGGAGGCCCAGGUCGAGGCACAGCGUGGCGACAGGGGCCAGGCAGUCGAUGCCGCCGCCAGCUCUCAGGGCCAAAGCGAAGAAGCGAAGGAGCCGGAGGCGGGAAAGGAGCCGGAGGAGAGAGAGGAAGAGGAGGCGGCAGCAGAGGAUCCGGAGGCUCCAGAGGCGAAACCGAAGGAGGAGGCCCAGGGCCAGGACUGA